AUAAAAAAAACAUUUUAAUGUAACUUUUAUUUGCCAUACAUAGGUUUAUAAAUAUUCUCUGAAAUGUGUCUGCUGUUUGUGCAAAUUACUGUUGAGUUCUGUGAAUUACCAUUACACCUAAUUACGCAUUUAAUUCUUUGUAUUUCAGGAGAUAGAAUCAAAAGGAAAUCCCCCAUAUUGCGUAAUAUGUUUCUAAUAUAGCAAUAAUACUACUGAGGCUUAAUCUGAAAUUUCAAAAUGCAAUUAAAAAUAAUAGGCAGCGUGAUUUCGAUCAUGAUAAUAAUUCACAUGAUCAUAAUCGUGAUGGGUGAAAACAAUAUUAUCACGUGCAUGAACAAUAACACUAACUGUUGGGAUAAUAUGAAUAUGAACUUAGUUCAAAAAGGAUUACAGUCUACCAAUUCUACACAACUUCUAGGGUAUAUAACCUCCCUAAUGAACAAUAAAGGGCAUCUUUUACUAGUAAAUAGAAAAGCAUUCUCAGUUGCACAAAAUGGCGUAAAGACUCUUCUCAUAAAGUUGGUGGGACUUGGAUAUUUUAUACAACAUCCACCUGGAGCUUGGGAGUGUUAUGACAACAUAUAUGACAACCAUACAUGUGGAAAGCACUGCUUUGGUGUGGUGUAUGAAAAUGGGAGUGUAUCAUUAGGAACUAUGGGGCAUGGAAAAGAUACAGUGAAUGCUACAGCUCUGCUUAAUGCUACAAGUAACACUGUAGCAGCAGCAGUGACUUGGCAGAAUUAUUCAACAGAUGUUGUAGUACAAAGGAUUUUAUUUUCCAAGAUGGUACCAGUAUUAGAUGCUGUAUUUGUGGAUGGAAAGAAAGAAGUUAUACCGCAACUAACUUCAUAUGUGCUUGAUGGCUACAGAGGACCAGUGGAAGAAAGUGAACUUUUGGACAAUGAACAGGUUACUUUCCAUAAAAGGAAAAACCGAGCUUUUAUUUCUUGUGCUGUGGUACAACACGGUGGUCAGAUCAAUGUAAGGAAUUGUUCAAUCAGGAAAUUAGGGGAUGAGAUAAUAUGCGAGUGUCAACAUGCUGCAACUAUUACUGUUGUGACGCAAAUCAAAGACGCAAGACAGUUUCUAUCAGAAAAAAUAGUUGCACGAAUUUUCACACUUUCUGCAGAGAUAUUAGCAUUGAUCAUAAUGUCCACUACUGCUAUGUUACUUGCAGUUUUAAUCAGAAAAACUAAAUCAAUGAGAACUUCAAGCGUUCAACCCACCAGGUUGGGGCUGGUCUGCGCCUUUUGUGGCUUUUACCUUUCCCUGCUUGCCUCUCGGAUAGUUUCUGUGUAUUAUGGCCCAAAAACGAUGUGUCAUGCUGCAACCUUUUUCGUUCACUUUUUUCUGCUAGCAACUUUCACUUGGGUGAGCCUGGAAGCAGCCGUGCUAUUUUUCUUCAUCGUUUACAAUAGUUUUAAAAGGAAAAUCUUCUCCACAAAAAUCAUCCACUUAUUUGGGUGGGGGAUUCCUUUUCUAAUAGCUGGGACUGUGAUCAUAGUUGGAGUAAAUGAGGGCCAAUACACCACGCAAUACCAAAAUUAUGUAAUAGAGGAAGAAAACAAUGAAUUGGUCCUCCCAGGAGGACAGUCUUAUCUACAAUGCACGUUACCACACAGAAAAACAGUUAACUGGGCAGUCUUAUUGCCAGUGGUAGUUGCUUGUGCUUGGAACACUAUGGUCUUAAUAACUGUAUGCUUGAAGGUGCUAAAGCUUUCAUACAAGGCCGAGAAACAGAUGAGGCCUUCUGAAGGCGGAAAUGGGAAGCAGCAUAACGUGCAACACGCUAUGAAAGAUGCAGGGAAAGCAUUAUUGAAACUGAUGCCUAUUCUUAUCAUUCCAUGGCCAAUUUCAUUUGCAUUGUUUCUUACUGACCCAUUACGAGAACCGGAUAAAUAUCUUGUAUUGUUUGUUAUAGACACUGUCUUGCUAUGCAUACAGGCUGUCUGCCUAUUUUUUAUUUUUAUUGUAUUUAACACAGAAGUAAGAAAUGCAUUAAGAACUCAAAAGAUUAAUUUUUGUUGGCUGAACGAGAAGCCAAGGUUUAAUAAAAGUAUGAACUAUGAACCUUAAAUAGCUCAAUAUAGUGUAAUAUUUAUCAUUAGUGUUUUGUUUUUAAUAUAAACUACCUUUUAAAUUACCUUUUUGGUUUUUUAUUCAAUGUUACACAAAAUUUAAUAAAACAGACGUGAAA